UCUCAUUUCCCAUUUCUCUUAUUUAGUUGACGUCUGUGUCUCAGUGAGGGUUUGUGAAAAUUUUUUUGAUCCAUUCGUGGAAUGUCAUGUUAUUUAUAAUAUAUUAACUAUUAUUAUUUGUUCAACAAAAAUAUUUUUUAUCAAAAGAUUAAACAAAAAUUAUAAUAUAAAAUAUUAAAGAUGUCCAUGGAAACAGUUCCGAAAGAGUUACGUGGAUUAAGAGCUUGUUUAGUAUGUUCUUUGGUUAAGACAUUUGAUCAAUUUGAAUUCGAUGGUUGCGAUAAUUGCGAUGAAUUUUUACGUAUGAAAAAUAAUAAAGAUAACGUUUUUGAUUGUACCAGUUCUAAUUUUGAUGGUAUGAUUGCAGCAAUGAGUCCUGAGGAUAGUUGGGUAUGCAAGUGGCAAAGAAUAAAUCGAUUUUGUAAAGGUGUGUAUGCAAUAUCAGUAUCAGGUCGAUUGCCAGCAGGUGUUAUAAGAGAGAUGAAAAGCAGAGGAAUAGUGUAUAGACCGCGCGAUACAAGUCAACGAUAAUUUCAAAAAUUAUCAAUAUCAAAUAUGAUUGUUACCUGGACAUGUGUUCAAAUGAGAAUAAACGGGAUGCCGCAUCACGGGCAAAUUACUAUUUACACAAUUAAGCCAUAGAUUUGCACAAGUAACGUGAUAAUUAUUCUCGUUAUAUAC